GCUUAGUUACCGCCUUGGGAUCAUUAAGCGCACAACGCUUUAGUUAGUAGCAGCGCGAACGGAUCGCUCGAUUGCUACGAAAAGCUCGCUAGCUUGGUGCUUUCUUCAAAACAAAAAUACCUGAAAAUGGCUCGCUACAAUUUCCUAUUAGCCUCACUGCUGCUGAGCUGUCUUCUAUGGAGUGCGCAAGUGGACGGUAAGGAGUACAUGCGUUGUCAAUUAGCGCGAGAACUUUUACAAAAAUAUAACAUCAACAAAACUUUUCUCUCAAAUUGGAUUUGUCUGAUUGAGCACGAGAGCAAUCGGGAUACGAAAGUGGUAAAGCGCAAUCCAAAUGGUUUCGCCAGUUAUGGUCUCUUUCAAAUAAGCAGCAAAGAGUGGUGUCGCGUUAGUCGCAAAGGUGGCAUAUGCGAUAAGAAAUGUGAAGACUUCCUCGACGACAACAUUGAUGAUGAUGUACAGUGUGCGAAGCGUAUCUUUGAGCGUGUGGGUUUCAAAAAUUGGCCCGGUUGGACUGCAUCCUGUCGUAAUACGCAGAAUCUACCUAAUCUCGGUUUGGCAUGCAACAUACAGACAGUGUAAACGUUAGAGGAUAACAGAGUGGAGUUUAGUGAUAAAAUUUUAGAAAAACAACAAAAGUACUUCAACAAAGAGCCGCACAAUAUGUAAGUGCGUGUGCACUUGCAGUUGUACGAGACAUUGGCAACGCUACUUACUUUGAAAAUAAAAGCUUUUAAAACCGUGAAAAGAAAAAAAAUUAGA